AUGGCACGUCUCUCAUUCAAUCUUUUCGCUGGCCUCCUUAUAGCUUCAUUGGCCUUAGCCAAGGCAACCGAUUAUUGUUCAAAAUCCUUGUGCAAGGAAGGAGUUAACCAUAUUGCCUGUGGACAUGAUGGGAAAUUAUCUGACGCUUGUCCUUCCGAUGCCCAGUUGGUCGAAAUCGAUGAUAACCUUAAGAAAGUCUUGGUUAAUGCCCACAAUGCCAAACGUAAUCUAAUUGCUGGUGGUGAGCAUGAUGAGCAUGAUCCUGCCUGCCGCAUGGCCACCAUUCAAUGGGAUGAUGAAUUGGCUCUACUAGCUGCCCUUAAUGUCCUCCAGUGUGAUAUGAAACAUGACAGAUGCCGCAAUACUGACGCUUUCAAAUAUUCCGGUCAAAACAUUGCCUGGUUGGGUUAUCAUGGUCAAGCUAACAAUGCUGGACUUUUGGAAAAGGCUGUUGAUUUCUGGUACAGUGAAGUGGCCGAUAGUAAAAUGGAAUAUAUCAACAAGUAUCCCAAGAACUACACUGGACCAGCAAUUGGCCAUUUCACCGUCAUGGUAGCUGAUCGCAAUGUUCGUGUGGGCUGUGCCGCUACCACUUACUUCGUUGAAGAUGAAGAAUACAAGGCAUAUUUGGUAACCUGCAACUAUGCCACAACCAACAUGAUUAAUUUCCCAAUUUAUAAACGUUGUGAUAAGGCAGCUGAGGAUUGCACCACCGGCACCAAUGACCAGUAUCCAAAUUUGUGUUCCACCUCUGAAGAGUACGCUGUCAAUAAAUGGUUCUAA